AUGAUUUACAACAGUUUGAAACAUCUUAAAUCCAGUAAAACUUCUCGAAUUUCUCUUCUCAUGAACCCCAGUGAUAUCGACAAGGCUUGUGCUUCUGAUAGUAUAUCUUCACUGAUUCAUGCUGCUUAUCG